UGGGACUUCGGUUAGUCGAACAUUGAAAUCAGCAACGAUGAAUACGUUCUUAAGAGUAUUCGUGCUUUCUGCCUACGUGACUCUUGUCCUGGGUGUGACCGCCAAGGAGGUCACUUCACCUGAAUUUCUAUCAAGUAUAGAAAAAUGGUGGGGUCCACUUGGACAAGAGGGGAAGAUUAGCGAGGAUAUCAGACCUUUCAAAAUCCAGUUCACGGAUGAGAUGGUAACCGACCUAAGAAACCGUAUCAACAAUCGCCGCGAAGUCACCAAACCUCUAGAAGGCAUAGCCUUCGAAUACGGUUUCAACUCAGAUAACCUGGACUACUGGAUGGACUUCUGGGCUAACAAGUACAACUUCACUGAACGCGAAGAUUUCUUGAACCAGUUCCCGCAUUACAAGACUAACAUUCAAGGACUUGAUAUUCACUUCAUUAGAGUGAAGCCUGAGGUACCUGAAGGCACAUUGGUACUACCUCUUCUGAUGAUGCACGGCUGGCCUGGCUCCAUCAGGGAGUUCUAUGGAUCCAUUCCACUUAUUACCGAGUACAACGAAAAGAGAGGUUUCGCUGUGGAAGUCGUAGUUCCAAGUUUGCCAGGAUUCGGUUUUUCCGAUGGAACAACUCGUCCUGGUAUGGGAGAAGUGGAAAUUGCAGCUAUCAUGAAAAACCUUAUGGCCCGACUUGGCUUCGAGAAGUUCUACGUUCAAGGCGGCGACUUCGGUGCCCUAAUAGCUAACGAUAUGGUCACUUUCUAUCCUAAAAUCCUUGGCUACCACACGAACUUCCCGAUAUCUCUAGCUCCUGGCUCACUGCUCACCUACUUAGCUGGUUCACUGAACCCGUUGUUCCAAUCGCUGGUCGUGGACUCUUCAGUAGCGGACAGAAUGUACCCAAUACUUGAUGUCGUUCUGGGACUCGUUGAGGAAUCCGGGUACUUGCACAUGCAGGCUACUAAGCCAGAUACCAUUGGAAUUGCCCUGUCAGAUUCUCCAAUGGGUCUCUUCGCAUGGCUGAUGCAGCCUCUUUCUGGUGGUACUCGCAAAGCUUACAAAACCAGAGUAGACGGAGGUCUUUCACUCUUGUACGCGCCCGAGACACUCAUUGAUGACGUCAUGAUGUACUGGACUGAGAACAAGUUCACCACUGCUGUCAGAGUAUAUGCUGAGUCCAUUAAUAAGAGAACUCUUGGCAUGGGUAUAUCAUCAAUCCCAACAUCAGUACCAACCUGCACCAUUCACGCUAAGGACGAAAUCAUCUACGAAUCUCCGAUCAUGCUCAAAUACAAAUUCAAAAACCUACUUCGUUCAACAGUUCUCGACAGCCAAGGACAUUUCUUGGCAAUGGAGGCCCCAGAGGUAUUUUCUGAAGACGUCCUCUCAGCACUGGACUUAUUCUUGGAGUACAAUGAAGAAAAUAACAAGGUUGAAGAGUCAAACUCGAAGUUCCCUAUCAAACUACCCACGUUACCUAUCGUAGACAGUUUAGAGAAAGGAGUGGACAAGAUCAAGGGUGGCAUAUCACAAUUGUUCGGCCGUUGAAUACAAAUCGAUAACUUCUUCUCUACUAACUGGCACUGAUUUUGGUCUUCUUUGAUUUUAGAACAUACAUUUACGAUUUUGUCAUAGAUUUAUGUUUAAAUAAACUGUUUGGCUGUAA